CUAUAUUAUCCCAUCACUUAGUAAAAAAAAAACGUUUUGUAAUUUUGUCAACUCACGGAAGGUUAUUAUUUUAGUCAAAACCGAAGUAUUUUGAUAAAAACCCAUUGAAAUGGGUCAAAAUCAAUCUGGAUCUGGUAGCGGUGGGGACAAGAAGGAUGACAAAGAUAAAAAGAAGAAGUACGAGCCCCCGAUCCCCACCAGAGUUGGCAAGAAGAAGCGCAAGGCAAAGGGACCAGAUGCCGCACUCAAAUUGCCGCAAGUCACCCCUCACACUAGAUGUAGGCUAAAACUAUUAAAACUCGAAAGAAUAAAGGAUUACCUGCUGAUGGAGGAAGAAUUCAUCCGCAAUCAAGAAAGACUGAAGCCCCAGGAGGAGAAAAUAGAGGAAGAAAGGUCUAAAGUCGAUGACCUGCGAGGGACGCCCAUGUCGGUGGGCAACCUGGAGGAGAUCAUAGAUGACAAUCAUGCAAUAGUGUCCACAUCAGUGGGCAGCGAGCACUACGUCAGCAUCCUCUCCUUCGUGGACAAAGACCAGCUGGAGCCCGGCUGUUCAGUGCUGCUAAACCAUAAGGUGCAUGCAGUGGUGGGAGUGCUGGGAGACGACACAGACCCGAUGGUGUCCGUCAUGAAGCUGGAGAAGGCUCCACAGGAGACAUAUGCAGACAUUGGUGGACUGGACAUACAGAUCCAAGAAAUUAAGGAAUCAGUAGAGCUGCCCCUGACCCACCCGGAGUACUACGAGGAGAUGGGCAUCAAGCCCCCGAAGGGAGUGAUCCUGUACGGGCCGCCCGGCACUGGCAAGACUCUGCUGGCCAAGGCCGUUGCCAACCAGACCUCCGCCACAUUCCUGCGUGUAGUCGGCUCUGAGCUCAUUCAGAAGUAUUUGGGUGAUGGACCUAAAUUAGUGAGAGAGUUAUUCAGAGUGGCAGAAGAGCAUGCACCUUCCAUUGUGUUUAUUGAUGAAAUUGAUGCUGUCGGUACCAAACGUUACGACUCAAAUUCUGGUGGUGAGCGCGAGAUUCAGAGAACCAUGUUGGAGCUUUUGAACCAACUCGAUGGUUUCGACUCUAGAGGGGAUGUAAAGGUAAUCAUGGCGACCAACCGCAUCGAAACCCUCGACCCGGCUCUCAUCCGGCCGGGCCGCAUCGACCGCAAGAUCGAGUUCCCUCUCCCCGACGAGAAGACCAAGAAGCGCAUCUUCACCAUCCACACGUCGCGCAUGACGCUCGCCGAGGACGUCAACCUGUCCGAGCUCAUCAUGUCGAAGGAUGAUUUGUCGGGCGCUGAUAUUAAGGCUAUUUGCACAGAAGCGGGUCUGAUGGCGCUGCGCGAGCGCCGCAUGAAGGUCACCAACGAGGACUUCAAGAAGUCCAAGGAGAGCGUGCUCUACCGCAAGAAGGAGGGCACCCCGGAGGGCUUAUACCUUUAAAAAUCAUAUGAGUUUUAUGUAUUCGUAAAUGUAUUAAUUACAAAUAAAAGCUUUCAAUAGUG